UAGGAUAAUAGAGGAUUCAACUGUUGAUUGAAAUGAUUGAUGUUAAGAAUUGUUAUAUAUAUGUAUAUAUAUGCGAGUCCAAGUGUGGAGAUUUGCGGGGUGCAGAGACGUCUGUACUGGCUGCCUAUGUUUGAGGAGUUUUGCGGGGUGCAGAGACGUUUGCACUGGCUGCCAUGUUUGUGGAGAUUUGCGUAGGUACAUAGACGUUUGUACUUACGACGCCUUAGAGAUUUGCGGGGUGCAGUGUGGACUACUGUGCUAGCGACGCCUGUAGAGUUAUAUAUGUAUAUCCUUAUGAGGAGAAUGCGGGGUGCAGAGAAUAGCUAUGUACUAUCAUUGCAUUGUUUGUCGUUGUAUGGUGCAAUAGGCAUAUGAUUGUUCUGUGUGGUGUAAUAGGCACCGUGAUUGUCUCAUGCUAGAGCUAGGCCUACAUAGUUGUAGUGCUAUGAACUGAGUCAGUGGUUUGCGGUUUAGCAUCUCAUACCUCACUGGGCGAUUCCCUUGUCGCUCACCCCUCCUUCUUUCCCCCUUUCAGGUGAGACCGACGAGCAGGAGUGAUUUUCGGACCGGUGCUAUUGGGCUUUUGGGCUUCUAUCGUUUUAUCGUUAUCGGGCCUCUAGGUCUUUGGGCUUUUAUCAUUUAUGUUAUUUCCUAUUUCAGACUUCUCGUCUUUAUAUUUCAGAAUUAUGUUGUCUUUAUUUAUUUCGGACUUAUGUUGUUAUCAAUACUUUCAUUUUGACUUAUGGUAUCGUAUUGACUUUUAUAUUAUGAUAUGUAGAUUAUUAUUAUUAUUCUUUCGGUUUUAUUUAAUUUCUGCUUUUAUUUAUUUAUUAUAUCCCGAGAAAACCGGGUGUCACAAUUUUGGUUUCAGAGCGGGGUUCCGUCCCGGCUCCGACCCGGGAUGGCGAUUUUGGAGACCUGGUUUUAUUCGAUUUUAUUCGGUUUAAACGGUUUUACACGAUUUCAAAAUAUUUUCGGGGAUUUGGGAAUUUUGAAAAUGAAAAUAAAUAGCACAUUUCCGUUCGGCAUCACUCCUUAAAUGUUGGUAUCCAGAGUUCGGCAUAAGUUAACUUUUUCGCUUUUCUUUCAGAUGCCGCCCAGGAAGAGAGUUGUUCGUACUCAGACCAACGGAGUUGCUAGAGAGGCUGAGGAUGAGCAUGUCCAGCCCGCAGUUCCGCAGCAGGUGGCUCCGCCUAUUGAUCAGGAUGCUUUGAGUUAGAUGGUUCAGGAUGCGGCUAGGCAGGCUGCACAGGAGGCAGUCCAGCUAGCUGCCCAGGAGGCUGCCCGAGUAGCAGCUCAGGAGGUUGCCAGACAGAUGGCUGCAGUUCAGCAGGGUCAGCAGAUUCCGCAUGGUCCUCAGGUUCAGGUGCAGCAGGGCCCGCAGAUUCACAUGCAGCAGGCCCCACCAGUUCAUGUUCAGCAUGAUCAUCAGGUUCCACAUCAGCUGGCUCCAGCCCAGCAGUACCCUCAGGUUCCUGUUCAGCCGGUUCAAGGAGUUUUUCAGGUUCCACCGCCGCCACCUGCUUUCCCAGUUCAGGUGCCCGAGGUUGAUGAGACAUUUAUCAGGGUGUUGGGACAGAUGAAGUAUGUGAGUUUGGAGCAUUUCAGUGGAACGACGGAACCUACAGUUGCUCAGGAUUGGAAGCACAGUUUGGAUAAGUGUUUGAAGACCAUCUCGUGCCCACCAAGGCUCAAGCUUAACAUCGCUGAGUUGUAUUUGUGUGGAGAUGCAUCAAUCUGGUGGGAUGGAGUGAGAUUUAUGCACCGUGGCGAGCUGACAUAUGAUGAUUUUCUUUACGCGUUCAACAAGAAGUAUUUUCCGAGGGAAGCUUUGCAUGAGAAGAAGAAGAAUGAUUUCGACCAUUUGAGGCAGGGUGCAAAGUCUGUCAGGGAGUAUGGGCGGGAGUUUAACCAACUCCACAGAUUUGUGGGUAACAACAUAGAUGAGGAGGAUCUGAUCAGGAGGUUCUUAGAUGGGAUGCGAGUAGAGCUUCGUGGUAGGUGCAGUGUGGUUACCUACACCAGUUUGGAGGAUCUGGUAGAGAAGGCGGCUGUGCAGGAGAAAUGUAUGGGUGAGGACCAGAAGUUCUCCAAAGCAGUUCAGCCUAAGGCAGGAGGGGCUUCGGGGUCGCAGAAGAGGCCUUGGGAGCAGACUGGAGCACCCCGUUGUGGACUUUGUCGUCGCCACCAUUUUAGAGAGUGUUUCCAGUGCUAUAAUUGCAAUCAGUUUUGGCAUCUUUCAAAGAAUUGUAGGAAGCCACCACAUACUCAUGUUGCAGCGCCAGCAGCGGCAGUAGCACCAGCAGUGGCAGCGAUGAACUGUUACGGCUGUAACCAGCCGGGUCAGAUCUACAGAGAUUGUCCGAGGAGGGGCAAUGCAGCGCUUCCACCACCACUGAAGCGUCCAGCGAUCGCUCCACGGGUGUUUGCAGUUGGAGAUCCCCAGGGAGUUGAGCCGAUAGCGGGUGAGACCGACGAGCAGGAGUGAUUUUCGGACCGGUGCUAUUGGGCUUUUGGGCUUCUAUCGUUUUAUCGCUUUUAUCGUUAUCGGGCCUCUAGGCUUUUGGGCUUUUAUCGUUUAUGUUAUUUCUUAUUUCAGACUUCUCGUCUUUAUAUUUUGGAAUUAUGUUGUCUUUAUAUAUUUUGGACUUAUGUUGUUAUCAGUACUUUCAUUUUGACUUAUGGUAUCGUAUUGACUUUUAUAUUAUGA